GUAACCUCCUGCUAUAUCUGGUAUCUGGUACAUAUUAAAAUCGUUCAGUUUAAGCUUAUGGCGUAUCCGUAAAGUGGCUCUUUUCAAAUUCCUGUAUGCACGCACACAUUGUGUAGCUCCCUCUGUGUGAUAUUUGUGUAGAGAAUGAAACACCAGUUGACCUCUACAGACAUUUACAUAUGUACGUUCAUAUUUGAUGCAUGCAUAGAAGCCACAUAAUAUCAAAGAACUUGCGAGGAAACAAGUACAAACGCAUAUUCCAUAUUUGGACUUCUAAUAGGCCGUCGAACCGCGUCUCGCUAGUUUAUGCACUCAACUGGUACUUAGUAGGUGUUGCACCCUGGCCCGGCGCUGAAAGCAGAACUCCUCCUUUUGUGAACUUUUUAGUCAUCGCUCACUUCUUAUAACCUCAUUUUGACAGCUUUUCAAGUGUGGGAAACACUUAAGCUUCUAAUUAAAAAGGAAGGUUAUGAAGUCCUUAGGUACUAGUUAUCUACCUGCUUACUGACAAUUGAAUAUACGAACAUUUGAAUGUCACACAGGUGUCGAUGGGUACAUGCCCUGAAUACACUAUUGAAUCGUUCGGAUUGACUAAAACUCAACAACGAUGAAGAAUAUCUCGUUCUGAUCUCCGACGAUAGCGAAUGACCUUAGGUAGUACAAUAAAGCGGCCCAAACAAACAAUGUCAGCAACCCAUCGGCAUGUAUCUGAACCAAUCACCAGCCGUUUCGUUUUAUCCGAAGAUUGAAUUUCCACAUAACGACCACCAUGUACUCGUAUACAAUUCACACAUAAAUAUCGCAAUUUGGGAUGUUUCAAAGGGCCCCUUGAUCAGAUAAAUAUGAGUAGUUCAGUCCACUCCUUAGGUGCUUGCUUGAGUUCACCACCACCAUGAUGUACUUGUAUAUAAUAUCCACAUUAGCCCUGGUAGCAACUAUCGCAGCGCACUGCGAACUCCAUCAUCUCGAUGACGCCGUCGACGCAUACCUCAAGGCGCAAAAGACCGGCCAAACCGCCGCAUUCACUGCAACCUUCGACAACUCGACAUGGCUCGGAUAUUACGAGAACGCUGUCAAGAUGACCAUUCACAACAACACCCUUUCCAAGCCUUUACCUAUCACACACACACGAACGAUUCGCGAUCUCACACUUUGCUCUACAUAUACCGAAGUAGUCGUGGACAGUAAAAGCGAUCCGUACGUCAUCGGCACACAGCUGCGAUUCGCGAACCACAAGAUCAACAGGGUUGAUUCCAUCGUCACAAAACCUGGAGACUGGCUAUUCAACAUUACAGGGUUUGCGUAUUGGACGGCACAAGAGAACUGGGAUACUAUAGCCGUCGAGCAACGCGACACACGCGACACCAUCAAGAAGGCUGCAGAUGCGUAUCUAGAUCUCUUCAACAACCCUAACACGACUGUGCCUUGGGGGACUCCGUGCGUCAGGCUGGAGGGUGGACUGUACGGAGAUCCUGGACCGGAAGGGAGCUGCGCAGUUGGUGUGCCGCAAGGAGUACCACUGACGAGACGUCGGUAUGUCAUCGAUGAAGCGGUGGGAUCUGUCGAGGUUUUGCUUGACUUUGGGCAGAGUAAGUGGCCAGAUAGUCACCAGUUUAGGGUCGAGAAAGGGAAGUUGAGGUAUGUGCAUACCUUGACUCAUUGUGGGACUGCGAAUUGCGGGCUUCCAAAUGGCACGAGUAUCGUUUCUUGA